AUGGCAACAUCAGAACCUCCGUCUCCAGAUCAUGAAGCUGAAAGAACAACCUUUGAACUCCCAGAACAAGCAAAGAUUAUUGUGGGAUCAAUCAACACUGACUUUUCAUGUGAUGGUCGUCAUUCAGGCUAUUACGCUGAUACCGACAACAACUGUCAGGUUUUCCAUAUUUGUUACUCACGGACUUUAGCUGAUGGAACUCAGCUGGCUGAACGCCAGAGUUUUGUCUGUGGCAACCAGACUAUCUUCAACCAAUUAAGUUUGACCUGUGCAUUCCCUGCUGAUGCUGUGCCUUGUACUGACGCCUCUGAUUUUUAUUAUAUUAAUGAAAACAUCGGAGUUAAGGAUGCUCCUUUCUCUACAGAUGACGACAUCACCAAGGGUGCUAAAGUAAUCAAUACGCAGUAA